UUAACAUGUAUUUAUACUAAAGUAAUACAAACAUGACUACAAAAGAUUUAGAAGUGAGUAGUUUUUCGAGAUUUACGAUUAUACUGUAAAUCACUUUCACGAAUCAGCCCCCAAAUGUAGUCUCCCAUCAUGUUCUCGUUAUACUGUCCUUGGUAGCGGCGUUCAAAGUCCAGUAUAUCCUGGUGGAAUUGCUCGCCUUGCUCCUCCGAGUACGCUCCCAUGUUCUCCUUGAAUUUAUCAAGAUGAACACUUACUACCCAGGAACCAAAAAAAAAAAAUUGUUACACGGUGUUAUUUAGCAGACGCCUUUAUCCAAGGCCACUUACAGAGACUACUAGGUUGUGUGAACUAUGCAUCAGCUGCACAACGUCUCACUAGACCGAGUACUCAGUACUCAGUCAGUCAGAAUGAGUCAAAUAGGCUGAGGUAGUGAAUCAUAAGUGAUAUAGCAAGAACGGAAUGCUUGGAAGAACUGCAUCGAAAAGACUACCUGACUUCUUUAGCCAGUUUUGUGUUAUAUAACAGGGUCGUUUUUUGCCAAGAUUUAUUUUCUUUUCAUUUUCAUACGGUAUUUUAUUGACGUUAGGUUUUAAACGACUGAUUGUAGACACUGAAAACGACUUGUAUCGAAACUUUCGGUAAAGAAGAAUACUCUGCAUCUCAUGCGGCAUGGCUGUGAUUUUCAAGAGUCUGCUUUUCUUGAGCGUUUUCACGGCAGAUGCCUUUGAGGUCAAGGCCCCCAGAAAGCACAACAUAGCUGUCUAUGGCGAGCCUGCGUUUCUGGAAUGCAGUUACCCCACGAGUGGCGACUCCCCUCUGAAUCAGCUGGUGGUAACAUGGCAGCGUGAGGACAACGAGGUGGUGCACAGCUUCUACUACGGUUCGGAUCAGACCGACAGUCAGAGCCAGCGCUACCGAAACAGGACCAGCCUUUACCUGCCCCAGUUACUGAAGGGAAAUGCAUCACUGCGUCUCGACCGGGUCGGGCCCCAGGACGCAGGGGAUUAUCUGUGCUCCGUCAGCAACCUGGAAGGAACAGGGAAAGACGUUUUGCAUUUAGCAUUUGCAGCUUACUACAAGGAGCCCCGUUUCAGCGUCAAGCUGCACUCUGGGAACACCUCUCUCCUGUAUGAGAGCGAGGGCUAUCCUGAAGCACAGGUCCAGUGGCUCACCCCACAGGGCAGGGACCUCCCACACCGUACUGAAGCCCUCCAGCAGACUAACGGGAGCAGGCUGUACACUCUCAAGAGUCUCCUUGUGGUGGAUCUCAAUUCAGACACCGACUUCACUUUCAUACUGCAGAACGACAUGCUGAAUCAGACAAUCACCAGAUUUGUCAGUUUCAGUCGAGACGGCGACGGCGAUUCAGAAAAUAAUUGUGAUUGUCUCGGGAAGAGAUUGGCUAUCGUUCUCAUCGUGAUUACUGCUUUACUUCUUUCAGUGGCUGGUUUGCUUUGCUACCAGAGAAGAAAAAGACCGGACAUGGGAGGGACAGGGACUUUAUAGCUAAAUGAACUGCUUCACCAUCCUUACUUUUUAAGUAUACUCUUAUGAUUAAUAAUAUGUUAUUAAACACACAUGAAUAUACUGUUCUUCUAUAUGGGUAUAUCAACAGCAGAAAAAUUCAUCUGAAUUCUUAGCGGCUGGCCCUGCAGUACAGAUCAACAAAGACUGCAUUAUAUAUCAGCAAGACUGAAACCCAGAAAGAAUGAGGAAACUCAAGAGAAUGUUUCCUGGCCUGGAUCCUGAAACUGCUGUGUUUUUGUAUUUCAAAGACUACUUUUUCCUUAAAGGGGUACUGUGUACCCACAGCUUUAACAGCUUGUUUGCAUAGCAACAUCCUAAUUGCCGGGACACAGUGAUGACAGACACUGUAAAACAGCAAAUUACCUUUGUAGCUACCUGCUCUAACACAUAUAAAUAUAUUUCAAUAUAAAUGUGCCUAUUUAAAAUACCGCAAGAUAUUUUUACAAUAUAUUCUAUAUUUUGGAACCUUUUAAAAGUUUCCUCGACCAUAAAACACGAGCUGUCUUUCACGAGCGAUCAGACACCAAGUCAGACGUAUCUCGUUCUGCAGUAGGGAGACAAAAGGAGCCCAAACGAAGUAACUUUAGGAAGCUGCUUUUUUAGGACCAGGGGAUGAUCCGGUUGUUAUUUAUGACCUCAUUUCAGUAAUGUAAUCUAAUACCUUACUUCUCACUGUUGCACACUGUUUGUUUCAGUUUCCAAUGGUAACAGUAUAAUGUUAAUUUACCGCUCUUUAUCAAAGGCAUGUAUUUAUUUAUUUAUUUUUAGCCAGACUUUCCCAUGUGAUUAAGGAAACUUUUUCCUCCUUUCCGGGCUGUAUUUAGCCCAUUAACCAGCAGUAAUAUAAAAGAGCUUGCAUGUAUUGCACCACAGAUACAGUCUACUUUACAUGCUUCAGCAAAAUGACUGCCCGCCUCAUUUCCUGUUGCCAUUUUUGUAUUUGCUUUAUUAGUGAUAACAUUUUGAUGUAAUUAUGUUUGCAGCACAGCUUUCUUCAGGGGUUCUCUCACUUUUUUGACACUUAUAAAGUUCAAUUAAAACAGUUUUUAUUUGACAUGUGUUAAAAAAAAGAAAGCCCUUACCUUGAUAUACUCUUAACCCUGUCAUGCAUGGCAACCUCAUACAGGGACAGACACAAAAAAAACAAAAAAACUCUCUCUCUAGUCUUUAUAUGGGGACAAAAAAAUAAAUCAAUGGAAAAUAUGUUUAUUAUUAUAUGUCCAAAACUGUUUUUUUCCCCAGCUAUUUUCAGUAUUUCAUGUCGGAAAGAGUUACCCUUCACUGCGGUCAGUUGUUAUGAAAUUCAAGCGUUAACUCAGAAGCUGCGAUUUACUGCAGUUAUAAAAACAGAGAUACAUAAUUUAAACUGAAUUCCCUGGUUUAUUUCCAACUGUUCUGCUCAAUAUUACACAUAAUAAACAAGAAUAUUUUCAUACUCUAUGGCUAAAAUCCCAGCAUUCCCAGACUGAAGUCUGGGACACUGUUUUAUAGACACUGGACCAGUUUACCCAAAGUAAUAUUAAGCACUUCAAGAUUAACGUUAAUCCGGGCCUAUGAAACCAGCCGUUACGCAGCUAGGAAAGACUAGUAAAACUGCACUAAACAAAGCAUCUGCUACAUUGGGAGUUUUACACAAACUAUGUAGUACAUGAAUAGAUGCAUUAGGGCAGGACACCAGGAAAAAAAUAAGGCAUUUACUGUAUCUUCUUUCUAAAACAGGAUAUCUGGUACAGCACACAAUGAAGACUUUAUUUGCAAGCCUUGCUUACAGGUAGUCCAGCACUUCCAUUGUCAUUGUAUUGUUAUUUUAUUGUAUGGUCUACAUAGCUCUUUCUUUGUAUUGGUGCUUCUCUAUUGAGAUGUACCUGUGUUGGCCCUGGGGGCAUAUACUGAAUAAACUAAACACUGAGAAUGUG